CUGGCUGGCUGGCUGUGUGUGUACCUAUAGCCCCCUCUCCCUGGCUCUCACAUACACACACCGCGCACACACACCCACACACGCUUCCUCACAUCUACACACACACACACGCAGAGCUGAUCAGUGCAGGCAGCGCAGAGCCUGGUAAUUGUAUUGCUCCCUCCAAGCGGAAGGAAGGACCGAGAGAGAGGGACACCGGAGAAAGAAGAAGAGGAGAGAGAGGAGAGAUAUAAAAACUUUGAUUUUAUAAUUUUUUUUAAUUUUCUUGUUUUUUUCCUGGAGGAGGGUGACAUGACAAUGACCCGGUAUCGCCGAUGGAGUCGGUAGGACACCCGUUAUCCGAGUGUUUUUUAAUGCACUCUGAACAAGAGUAGAAUGAACUUAUCGAAGGGGCCAUUGGUGAACAGCAGCAGUGACGAUAACUCCAAGUCAACCUAUAGUAAAUGCGGUGCUGGCGUCUGGAGGAUGCACCAGAGCUACGAUCCACUAGAGGCCAACCACAUGAGAGACGCACAUGCCCUCUACAACCCCAGGCUUCUCUGCAGAAUGUCCAGUAAGGAGCGCCACCUUGAGUCCAACUGUCCGUCCUCUUAUAUAAAGACUGAGCCGUCUAGUCCUGCCUCCCUGACUGACAGCCUGAACCAUCACUCCCCUGGUGGCUCCAGUGACGCCUCAGGCUCCUAUUCGUCCACAAUGAACGGCCACCCCAACGGCUUAGACUCCCCGAGCCUUUACGGCUCCAACGCAGGGCCCCUGGGUCCCGCUGGCGGCCCCGGAUCAAAGCGUUACGAGGACUGUUCGUCAACUAUUGGGGAAGAUUCGCAGAUUAAGUGCGAGUACAUGUUGAAUUCGAUGCCCAAGAGGCUGUGUCUGGUGUGCGGGGACAUUGCGUCAGGGUACCACUAUGGAGUGGCAUCCUGUGAGGCCUGCAAGGCCUUCUUCAAACGCACCAUCCAAGGCAACAUAGAGUACAGCUGUCCAGCCACCAACGAGUGCGAGAUCACCAAGAGGAGACGCAAGUCGUGCCAGGCCUGCCGCUUCAUGAAGUGUCUGACUGUGGGCAUGCUGAGGGAGGGUAAGGGAAAAGGUGUUCGUCUGGACAGGGUUCGUGGUGGGAGACAGAAGUACAAACGCCGGAUAGAUGCAGACAACAGUCCAUACCUGAACCCACAGCUGGCUCUGCCUCCCAAGAAGCCAUUUGCCUUUGGCUGCCUUGCAGAUAACAAAAUCGUCUCUCACCUGCUGGUGGCCGAGCCAGAGAAGAUUUACGCCAUGCCUGACCCAACAGUACCAGACAGCGACAUCAAGGCCCUGACUACGCUGUGUGACCUGGCGGACAGAGAGCUGGUGGUCAACAUCGGCUGGGCCAAACAUAUCCCAGGGUUCUCUACGCUGUCUUUGGCAGACCAGAUGAGUCUACUGCAGAGUGCAUGGAUGGAGAUCUUGAUCCUACGUGUUGUCUACCGCUCACUGUCCUUUGAAGACAAGUUGGUGUAUGCCGAGGACUACAUAAUGGACGAGGACCAGUCGAAGCUAGCCGGACUUCUGGACCUGAACAAUGCCAUCCUCCAGCUGGUGAAGAAAUACAAGACUAUGAAGCUAGAGAAGGAGGAAUUUGUCGCUCUCAAGGCCAUCGCUUUGGCUAACUCAGACUCCAUGCACAUUGAGGACGUGGAUGCAGUGCAGAAGCUCCAGGAUGUGCUCCACGAGGCCCUGCAGGACUACGAGGCUUCCCAGCACCAGGAGGAUCCCCGCCGGGCGGGCAAGCUGCUCAUGACCCUCCCCCUGCUCCGCCAGACCUCCACCAAGGCUGUGCAACACUUCUACAGCAUCAAGCAGGACGGCAAAGUCCCAAUGCACAAACUCUUCCUGGAGCUGCUGGAAGCCAAGGUCUGAGGGCGGGAGAAUAGACAGAAGGACAGCUAGACGCCAGUCUGAAUCUCACUUUGAAUGACCUCUUGCUCUUUUACACGCACACACUCUUUACACACAUGUGCACACACACACAGAAACAUGUCCCUGAAGUAUGUCUGCUGACACAUCCAACUAUGAACAAACAAGUAACCUAAACCUCUUACCCGAACCCCUGAACUUUCGCCGUCUUUGACAGAAGGCCGCUCGCUUGACCUUUUGUUUUGGGGAAGAAGCUGACAGACGGACAUGACCCCCGUAUUACCAAGGCAAGAAGAUAUUUGGUUUUAAAACUAUUAACAAUCACUCAACAGUUACCACAGUGGCUCCGAACACUGAAGAUGGCAAAACUCUUAUGCAUUUAAUAACAGUUAAGAUGUUAUUAAAGACAAACACUUAAAUGAGGACACAUUUAAAAGAAACUGAAAACUCUUCAUUUUAGUUCAGAGAGACUGUAAGACUGCACUCGUGUCUCCUUUUCCCUCCCUAUUUCCCCCAACAGAGUUUUUUAAGUGUUCAAGAAGAAGACGAGUGGAGAAAAAAAAAAAGAACACUAAAGAAGUAUUAAUGACGUUUGUUGUCAAAUUACAUGUACAAUGAAAUUUGGAAGGAUGGACAGAAAGAAAAGAAGAGGAGAUUUGCCCUGCCAAAGAAUGGAGCUCAUCCAUUCAGAGGAUGCCAGCAAACUUUACUGUCAUAACCCAAAACUGUUUCUGGUUUGAUCAACCGGUGGCUUUCAAUGCUGGGCCUCAAGCUGGUUUUCUGCUCCAACCAGAAAAUGUUUCUGGUUGUUAUGAAAGCCAGCAGGGCCAGGAUUGGAAACCACUGCUGUAAACGCUCUCUGGUUCUCCCUAAAUUCAGUUCCUGGUUUCCCAUGACUCCCGUACGUCAACUACAAUUUUACUAUUUGUUGUAUAUGUUGAGGAUCAGUGACCCUGGCCUCCCAAACCUGUCAGUAUAACCAUAGAAUUAAGUGUUUGCACACUUAAUGUGGCUGAAAAUGUUUCCAAAUAUUCAAACCACUUGAGGUGUGAUCGACUGACAGAGUCAAAAGACUACUCAACACAAUAAGACGAUCUAUACUGUCAAGAAUGGAUUCCUGCUUGUCCGACUGGUAAACGUAGGCUGAGUCCACAUUCAUUCUGUCAGACACUCCUCUUGUGUUUGGACGUCUGUUUAAAACCUUUUCAGCCGCUCAGUGGCCCAGGUUUGUAGCUCUCCACACAUAAGUCAGUAGAGAUUUCAGUCUGUCAAUGUGCCAUUAAGAAUAGUCCAGCCCGUGCUCUUUACCCAAACUCCAAAAACUGCAAAGUGUCACUUCAGUACUCCCCUCGUUGCUCCGUUACAUUCAUAACUUCCACCUCAUCUCUCGUGUCAGCACGGAGAUAUAUUUGUGAUCCAUUCAGGGAGUGACGGGGGCGCUUCAGUCACUCAACGCAAUACGAACCAGAAGGAAAAUGUGUGCUGACAAAACUGACUGAAGAACAACUAUUGUUGCUUUCAAACUCCUUUUUUUUUUAUUUCUAUCUUGAAAAUAAUCUUAGCGAUGAUACCAGUAUUAGGGUUGUAAAUAACUGUCAUCCUGUAUAUGACAUAUAACACGGCUUUGUUUUUGUUAAUAAUAUUGUCUUCUUAAAACUGAAUCAAUCAAUAUGUCUUUCCUUUUUUCUAUCAGCUUGACCACUUUCAGCAAUUAUCAUAUAUAUAUAAAUAUAACAAGUAAUAAUGUAUUAACAAAUCAGCGUUUAUCUUAGAGAAACUCUGAGCAAUAGUGGUUUUUAAAGGAGGGGUUUGUGCAUAUGGACUAAGUCUGCAAUAUAAACAUAACGUGCCAGUCUUAAAUUUGGGAGAGAGAGGACGGGGAUUUGAGGAGAGUUUGUAGCUUCUCUUUCUCUCUGUGUAACUUGCCAUACGCUAUUAGAUAACAGUCAAUAUUUCCUUUGUUAGAGAAAGUUAGACACGAACAAAUGUGGACCAGAAAUGUGAGGAUGAGCUGUUAAUGCCACCGUCACAUAAAAGCUGUGUGAGGAACGGUUAUGGUGAGGGCCGAAGAAGUAACACAAGCAGCUAAGAAAAUUAAAAUAUCCAUAAUCCAGUUUGCAGUUAUCACAGGGCUCUGAUGUUUGACCAGGCUCUUUUUGCUGUCACUUUUAAUCUGAUGAAAAACAAAAGUUCUUUGUUUAUAAUCAGCUGUUUAGUCAUGUUUCUUCAGCCAUGUGGCCGAGUGUGGUGACCAUUAGAACAACUUAAACCUGGAUCUGUGCAGAGGGAGACGGUGCUCACAAAAACACAAAAAAUCAUCAAUAAAAAAACAUCAUGUUGACAGUUUCAUGUUAGCUCACUUUUCCGCUUCUUAUUGUUAGACACACAUCUGUAAUAUAGCCUGCAUUUCAGGUGAACAAAGAGAAGUCUCAUCAAAAAGCAUUUUUUUAAAAUGUGAAUUUAAUGACAUUAAUUAAAUAAACUCGGAACGAUAAGGACUUUAGGUGGCCAGUUUUAUAGUAAUUUACAGGCGUUUUUUAGGCUCCGUCUACACAUAAAAAGAUAUUUUUUUCAAGUGGAAAUCUUUCCCCCUACGCGUAAAAAAUAAUUCUGUCCACACAACCUUAAUUUUACAAAAUAUCUCUGUAUGCACUAGAACGCAAAAAUGACUCCAAACACUCACCAGCAUUAGCUGUCUUUUGCCGUCUCCAUUCGUUGCCAAGGCAGUAAAGUCUACAAGCUAAAGUUACUUUUUACCAAACGACUGGAGGUCUCAUUACUGUUGAUUACACUUCUCUUUACGAACGAAGGAGCUUACUGUAAGAUUCGAGUGAUGCUCUGGACGUGCUAAAGUCUUGCUUCCACUCCUCAUUGACAACAAUCCAACUCUCAAAAAUGUCCCACCAUCUGCUGGUUCAGAUCCAAAGCCUUUGUUUCUGGUGGACUCUAACCACAAACACUGAAGUGGACCAAAUAACACUGGGCGCAGCAAGUUUAAGUGUAAAGUAGUCAUUACACCAAGCAUGCUAACAAAACAUAAACAAAAAGUCCAGUGUCGUUAUUGUUUCUGGCACAUGGUCAUUACACAAAGCAACAGUUGACAUGCACCCACUGAGAAGAUGACAUCAUUAUUUCCCCAACGCUCCAUUUCAAAUGUCCACAAGUACAAAGUAACUGGAGCUUUUGAAAACUGGCACCUUAUUAGACAUUUUUUGAAAACUUUGAGGGCGAGAAGCCGAAACAGAGAGGGAAAAAUACUUUUUUUCUGAAUGUGUGUAGACAGGGCCUGAAAGUCGAAGUGGCCUGUUAAAUUUAAAGGAGCAGUGUGCGACAUUCAGAGCAUAUCUGGGAUUCAGAGUCUUUGGCAGGAUUGUGUGCUCAUGGUUCUCCACAUGGAGGUGACUGAGCAGGCAGCUAGCAGCAAACAGUGCUAACUCAGUAUAUAGUGCUAACAAUAGCAACUAUGCUUACAGAUCUAAUGGUGUUAAUCAGGGUGAGCGCUACACUUCCACGAAGAUUCACUUACAAGAACUCACAUGAACUAACAUGCACGCGUGGCAGGUAUGGCUCCCACAACAGAGAGGCUCAGAUUACAACACUCAAAGGCAGCAAGACUUCAUUCUCUGCUCACGACAUCAUUACUCCACUAUAUCUUUCCAUAGCAGAUAGUGGUCUGCUGCUAUAUUAAGUGUUGCAAACAGUGACUUAAUGUGCAUUGUUUAGUGGCAAGAAAUGGAAAGCUGAGCUUACGGGAAGCUGUCUGACAUUUUACAAUCAAAUAAAAAAACAAUUUCAUUGUUACAGCAGGAUCGCAUGGCUGACUGAUCACAGCUUUAACAGGUGGAGACAGUCGAGGGAUUUUUUUUUUUAUAUCAUUGUUUAUGUCAUUUCUAAAGCCGAAUAAGAAUGCCAAAAUGUGUAAUGUAGAUGAGGGUGUAAUCUAAUAUAAAAUGGCAACUUGUCACAGCUGAGGAGUGCUGCAGUUUAAAUAUAGUUGAUCUCUAACAUCACACGCUCUAUAUCAAACAUCAGUAUUAUAAGUAAGGGGUAUUUUCUCAGCCUUCUUAAACAUUGUAUAUUGUAAAUUAUACAGAUUAUAAUUCUAACAUAAGACAUUUUAUUGGAAACAAAAUCGAGAAAAAAAAGGAAAAAAAAAUGUAGUUCAGCCUCGAUGUGUGUUUCAUGUUCGCUGUUUUUUCUAUCAAGAAAAAACCCUGUUUCUUUAGUUUUAUCUGUUUCUUUGUUUUCAAGUCUUUCUGUUUGAUCCUUUCCUCCUUUGUUGAGUCUUCUAAGGCGUUGCUGUGUACUUUUUCUUGUGGUGAUUCCCGUUCUUGUGCCGUGUGCUUCUUCUUUAGACAACACAGAGUAGAGUAGAGGCCAUGUUGUCUGUCUGUCGGAUCAGUCCGCUGGGGGUCUGGGCACCGGAUUCUCUCUCAAUGAACCGAACCGGAUAUAAGGCUCUUCUUCUAGAAACUUAACUAGACCACCAAGAUCAAAUUACAGUACUCAUCUUUACCAAACUAUACAUAAAUAAUUAAAUAUUUAGUAUCUAAAUGAAGAAACACCAUACAAGUAUUUAAAAAGGGAUCAUUUGUGUAACUUUCCUGUAGAAUAAACAAUAUACUGUAUAUCUUUAGGUUUAAAUAACGAUGAAAUGAAAAGGACAUUUGAGUAAUUCAGAACUGUAGGUGACUCUUUUUUGAUAAACUCGCUGUACAUAACUGCCUUCCAUACAGCUCGGCUCAAUCAUCUUUACUGUUUCAGCAGUCAAAAAGAGAAAAUACGAAGAUGAAAAACUUUUUCUUUCCCUCCAUCGUUGUGUCCUGUUUUCAGCUCAUUUCCAGGAAGAUAUCUUGUUUUACCACAAAGAGUAAUGAUCGGACAGGUGAAGGUUAGGAUUAAAGGUUUUUGUGGGUUGGUGGGAAAUGUAAAAAAAAAAAAAAAAAAAAAAAGAAAAGAAAAAGAAAAAAAAGCUCGACAUGUUUAGUUUGCACUUGCUGUUUCUCUUCUUCUCUUCACCAUGCACUCAUUACAUUGUGGGACACGUUUCUGCUUCGGCCCCAGAAUUAAGAACUCAAGAUUUAAAACUCAAAGUCUCCUUUAAUGAACGCGUUACUGUGCUUGUGGUACCUCUUUAUACACAGUUAGAUUUAGAGAUUUUGUGCUACAAAUAGCAUCAAUUCAAACAACACAUCAAAGGUCUUAAACAUUAACGUCAUUUUUUUUCUUAAAAAGAAAUAUACACACUAAUUAUUUCACAGGUGCAUAAAAUAAAUUUGCAGGUAAAGUCCCUGAUGACAGUUGCUUUUCCUGUUUUGAUUGUACCUUAAAACACCGUCUCAUGGUCAGAACGAUGGUAUUUCUUAUCAUCCACUGUACAAUGGUCGACAAAUAACCUAUGGAAGAAAAGUGCUCUUUUCCUCACUAUUAUUUUUUCUUUCUUAUGUUACUGUUUUUAUUUAUUUGUAAGUUGUCAAACCAAACCUGUGUACUUCUGAGCAAUUUGACGUAAUGAAAGAUGUUACACGUCUCCCUGAGGUGAUUAAGGCUGAGCUGGAUUUGGUUAAUAGCCUUUUUUUUUUAAGAAUCAAGUUUCUAAAUUAGCAAAUGCUGAUAUGUCUUUCUGAAUUUUCCUAAAUAACAAAUUACCAGUGUCAAACGAGUAAUUUACUGUAAAUGAUGGUCCUGGCAGGAAAUGGUUCGCCGUAUGCCAUCUUGUUUUGCUAGUAAAAAAAAAAAAAAACAAUAAAUCUACCAGCUAUAAUCAGGAGGGAGAUUGUGUGAUUCUUUCGGAGGUUUUGAUAUAACUUGCUGCUCGUAGUUAUUAUUUACAUGUACAAAACGAAUGCGUUUUCAUACAUUUUUUUUGCUAGUUAAAAGGCAAUAUUUGGAUGACUGUGCAAUGAUGAGACAAGAGUUGCACUUGUUUGUUUUGUGUUACACGUCUAAAUGGUGUUGAAGCUUUUAAAAUGAUUCUGCAGUUAGUGUUAAAACCACAUAAGAGACAACAAACCAAACUGGUAUUUUCUAAGAGGAGCGUUGAAAGAAGGACUGACUGGGUUUUUGCAGAGCCAUCGAUAGAAAGAGUUUGACCUGGUUGCACUUUAGGCACCAUGUUACCGCCCUCAUCUGGAACUUAGAUCCAUUAGCUGCGAAUACUCUAUGUAACAAUAGUUUAGCUGGAACAGAGGGAUGAGUUAUUUAGGCGUAGGAACAAAGCGGGAUUGUCCAUCUUCCAUGGCUGCCCCUGAAAUCUGCUAAGGCCAAACUGUGUCUAUCUACAGCUCUACAGUGUUUAGUCAUUUAGUUGUAUUUAAUCCCCAAAUGUAACUGCCACUUGUGCUGCAGCUAACCCUGCAGUCUGAAUUUGCAAAUGUGAAGAAAAUAUUUAAGGGAGAGAGAACGAUGACACGUUUGGAUACGAAGGAUAUUUAAAGGUUAAAAAGACCCCGUCGUGGUGGAGAAGAGUUGUGUACGAGAGAAGACCCUGUAGUGUUAAUUAAAAAACAUGUCCGUAGAUUUUAGAUGUGCUUCACAUCAGUAAAUGAAAAAAAGAAACAAUAACCUGUAUAUUUUUGUGACGUGUAUCAUACAAGUGUGCUCCAACAAUAAUGUCCAUUUGUGUAAAUGUAUUUAUUUCACAUUGUAUAUAUUGUUCAAUGCAAAAAGAGAGACCUAUGAUUCUGUAACUUAAACUACUAUGGGUUGAAACAUUACAUGUGUUACUCCAGACUAUGCCUUUCAGGAUUAUUACAGUAGAGCAAUAUCAAUUAAAA